UCUAUAUUUCUCUCAACAUAUAUGAGGAGGGAAGGAGAAAUUUCCACCUCUUUUCCAACUGUCAUUUUUAGUUUUUAGUGUCUGUUAUUAGUUAUUAUUAUUUUUUUUCUUAUAUCUAACUAUCUAACUACACCCCGACCCCCACCCUCCUGCCAUCGUCUUUUUCUUCUUCUUCUUGUUAAGCUCUGAUGGUGUCCUCAACUUGGAAUCUCCCUCGAUCCGUGCGGAAGUUCCUCGACUAAACAGUGAGAGCUAAAAGCUAAAACGAGCUAAAGCGAGCAGGCUGUCAGUCAGUCAGGCGGGCAGGCGAGCAGGCAGACAGGCGAGCCAGCUCGCUGCACACUUGCACACGGAAAAGCAGCGUAUAGGUAAUAAAGUGACAAACCUUAGAGAGGUAGAGGAAUGCUCCACUGUGAUUAGCUGACUCUAUUCCUGACUGCUGGAGCAUGUGACCGCUACUCUCUACCCCUCCUCAGCAACAUCUUAAACAAUUACAACAUCAACCAGUUGUUCACUUUUCCCAUCUCUACUCCGCUACAACUGUUGGCUAAAUAUGCUGGAGUUUUACAAAAGUAUUCUUCUUCGGCUUUAUGGAAUACAACACAGAAACUUGGAUCCUCUACAGAAAGAAGGGGACGGGAACAAUGACGCUUUGGCUUAACAUGCUUUCAAAAGUACCCAACCAUUUGUAAACCACUGUGUGCGCUGUCUAUUUACUGCGUAAGAUGUCCAUUUUCAAUGAUUUUGCAUAAAAGCUAUCCUGGUUCCUUGAGUACUUAUGGACUUACUACCCUUGAUACAUAUGCUGCAUGCAUGCAAACAACUAAGUGUAGUUUAGGUGCCUUCAGCCUUUGAGGCUAAUCCACUGAAUUCAUCAAAAUGAUUUGGGGACAUCAUUCAGCCUUCAAGAAACUUUUUUAAGAUGCCAGAGUUUGAUGAACUCUUUGGCUCAUGGAUCAAGGAAGUUUGAACAAUACCACUGGCUCUUCUAUUUUUCUUUGUCAUUGUGCGCAAAGUGAAACCUUUUCUUUGCGAUAAUACAACAAAAUAUCAUCACUAUCAUUUUUAUCUAUAUGUGCAAUAAUAUGUCUGUUAAGUUCAUCUCCUUUUCCCUCAUUUUCUGGGGCCUACAGUUGUUUGCUUCAGCAUUACGUGAGUUAAAUUUUCAUGUUUUAGAAGAAACCGCCGAAGGCACAUAUGUUGGAAAUGUUGCCAAAGCUUUUACUCGCCCCACGCAUGGUGACUACUUGUUCAAAUUUCUAACGCAAGGGAACCAAUACACAAACCUUUUCCAUAUUGGGACAAACUCAGGUAUUAUAACUACUGCUGUACCGAUUGAUCGAGAACAUAUCUGUGAUAAUGAUAUUGGGGGUCACACCUGUAUUGUAACUGUGAGUGUCGCCGUACAGUCUUCAUCCGAUCCACGUUUUCUUGAUAUGAUGAAUAUAAAAAUAAAUAUCGAUGACAUAAAUGAUAAUGCCCCAUUAUUUGAUAAAGAUGAAAUUGCUCUUGAAAUCAGUGAAUCAACUCCUGCUAAUACGAAAUUCCCAAUUGAGGACGCCUAUGACUUAGAUACAGGAAUCGACAAUUCCAUUAAAUACUAUAUACUUUUAAACGAUCGAGAUAAGUUUACAUUACUUCAAGAGAAUGGCUUUUUAGAUGGCUUGCAGUUGAAACAGAAAUUAGACCAUGAAGAACAGGACUUUUACCAGUUAGUUAUUGUAGCCAAAGAUAAUGGCACUCCUCAAAGAAGUGGUAAUGUAGUUGUAAAUAUAACUGUACUUGACGCUAAUGAUAAUGCCCCUAAGUUUGAUAAAAAAUCUUAUACUGUUUAUAUACAUGAAAAUCGCUCCAUAUUAUCGACAAUUCUUACAUUACACGCUGAAGACUUAGAUUCAGGUCCAAAUGGCCAAGUAGGAUAUAAACUUCAUCACAGAACAUCUUCGAAAAUUAAAGAAAUUUUUGAUGUUAAUCAAACAACAGGAGAAAUUCAUCUAAUUAGCAGAGUUGAUUAUGAAGAUAGACCUAGAUAUUCCUUCAAUGUCAUAGCUUAUGAUCACGGUGCUAUCGUCCAGUCAUCAACUGCUUCAGUCAAUGUCUAUGUAGUUGAUGUGAAUGAUAAUAAACCUGAAAUAAUAAUCAAUCUCCUGUCACUUGGUUAUGCGGCUAAUGUGUCUGAGUCUGCAUCCAAGGGUAAGUUUAUUGCCCACGUAUCAAUUAACGAUCGAGAUCAAGACCAAAAUGGAAAUGUCAGUUGUUCUGUCAAUGAUCACCAUUUCAGUCUGCAGAUAUUUUCUAUUAAAACCUAUAAAGUUGUUGUUGCAAAACCUCUAGACUUUGAAAAGACCUCCGUUCACAAUGUGAGCAUCCGAUGUCAUGACCAUGGUACCCCACAGCUUCACAGCGAGAAAAGUUUUUUAGUCAUUGUCGCAGAUAAAAAUGACAAUCCACCAGUAUUUGAACAAACUUUGAUCAAAACCCCAAUUACAGAGAAUAAUAAUUUUCAUGAUUAUGUAACGAAAGUCACUGCCAAGGAUAACGAUACUGGAAUCAAUUCAGAGAUACAUUACGAACUUCAUCACGAUGCUCACUCUUGGUUUAACAUUGACCAUCGGACUGGUGUUAUAACUGCGAAUAAACAAUUUGAUAGAGAACAAAAUGCUGAGAUUAAAUUCAGAGUUUUAGCAAUAGAUUCUGGUAGUCCUCCUCUUACAGGAACUGCCACUGUUCAUUUAAAUAUUCUAGAUAUUAAUGAUGAAGCACCCCAGUUCAAAAGAGGGUAUUACAAAUUUCACGUGAAGGAAGACCAAGAACCAUUUACGUUUAUUGGGAGAGUUGAUGCUCAAGAUUUAGAUCAUGGAGAAAAUGGUCGGAUUAGGUAUUGGAUUUCAAAGAACUAUGAAGCUCCUCAACUUUUUAUGGUCACUGAUGGUGUUUUAAAGACUAAAGCCAGAUUAAGCCGCAUGAAAGGUCAGAGAUAUGACUUUCUUGUUGUUGCCGCUGACCAUGGCAAAAAACCAUUGAGUUCCUCAACAAAUGUCACUGUAAUUGUUGAUGACGUCAAUGAUAACUACCCGUAUAUUAUUUACCCAUCCGAUACCAACAAUACCAUUUCAGUGAUUUACGAUAUGACUCCAGUUGACCGACCUAUUUCACGAGUGAUAGCUCUAGAUGAUGAUGAGGGGGAAAAUGCAAUGUUAUCCUAUUUCCUCAAAAGUACCCCUGAAACAGCUGGUCUUUUCAGAAUUAACCAUACUUCUGGGGAAAUAAUGCUUAUUAAAGACAGUGAUAUAAGAAUAUUCAGCAAAUCCUAUAAAUUACCAAUAGUUGUUAAAGACCAUGGGAAGCCACCAAAAAGUACAUCUGCUAUUCUAAUAGUAAUGAUGAUUUUGAGCAACAGUACAGAGCUUCCUUAUGGAAAUGGUACUCCCGAUGGCGAAAGAAAUUUGACAAUAGUCAUUGUCCUUGCUGCUGUGACAGUUGUCCUAGCCACAUGCAUAGUCAUUACAAUAUGUAUAAUUAAAAAAGUAGACCAAAAUCGGCGCCGCUAUCCUGCAAAGAUGCAUGAAGAUGCUCGACGCAAGUCUGACAGUUCUCCAGAUUCGGACCGUCAAAAACACAAAAAGGAGGUCAGCUUUUCCCUUGAUGGAGCAGAUCCAACGAGUAAAGGUUCUGCAAAUUCACUGGCCAGUAAUACGACAGUCAAGAAUCCUGGGGCAUUCUUUGCUCCAGACCUACCAUCUCUUCAACGGAAUCAAAUUGGUGGUGGUGACUCUCUUCUGCAUAGCCCUGGAGGGGAUUCCAUUAUCAGCAAUGGUAGGCACCUUGGGACGUUUACAGGCAGGAAAAACCAUUCCAAUUUGCCAUCACCAGCAACAUCUUCACUUGUUUCGUAUGCACCAAUGGAAGAUCAAAAUGACCUGGGGUUAAAUUCUUGUACGACAACCAUCACGACUGUCUCAGAGAACAACACUGCCAACAAUGGUGUGCCAAACACAACCAACAUCACCACCACCAACAACAACAAUACGAGCACCAAUACAGUCAAUACUAGCAACUUAUCUACUCCUACCAACACUACUUCUACCACUCCUCUUACUCCUACUACAGAUAAGAAUGUUCCUAAUUUUGCUACUCCUGGUAGUCCAGCUACUUCUUCUACUACUACUACUCCAAACGUUACCAACCUCAAAGAGAACUCGGUUCGUGCCACCAAUGUCGCCAAUGGUCCUAAAGAAGGAAAAUACAAAACUUUAUUACAUUUAGCCAAGAUGGAAGAUACAUAUAGCGAGAAUUCUGGGGAAACUGGGGCAUCAGACAGUGGUCGUGGCGGGAGUGAAGAAGAUGUGCAACUGAAUCGCACCCCGUAUCAGAACAGUAAAUCAGUGUUGUACCAGCAUUAUAUCUAGUCUCAAAUUGCAUAUAUUUGGUAAGUGAUUGCAUGUUUUAAGACCAGUAAACAAAAAUGGUCAAUAACAGAAACCUUUUUAUUUAUUUUUUUUUUUUUUUAGAAGAGCAAUAUUGGCUGCUGCAAUUAUUAAGCAAAACCUUAUAUUUAUAACUUGUCUUAUUUUCUUUAAAACCAGUUUUUCUUUUACCGUUUGGCUUUUUUAAAAAGAUAGAUAUAAAAAAAUGUCUAUAGACUAAUAAUUAACCAAAAUGUAUCUCAUUUACAUAUUCUUAAAACGAAAUAAGUGCUUCAUAUCAUGCUGGUAGCAGAAAACAAAUAAUAAUGACUAGCCAAUCAAUUAAUUAACUCCUAGAGCUGUAAAUACUCUAAUUAAAGUGUGAUAAUAUUGACAGAUACAUUAAGUGACAAUAAUAAUGAAUUAAUGACAGUGUGUUGUGUUUGUAGUUGCUGUUGGUACCUUAUAUCUGUUAGCUGUUUUUGUAUCACUAAAAAUUACUUACAUAAUAACAACACAGUAUAUUAACUUCAGUUUAUUAAUUUCUUAACUCCAUCCUCUAUUUAAUUUAAUUCACGUCUGUUAUUCUUCUCAAAUACAUCAAAUAACAUUUUCCUUCUUGUUCUUUUAACUGAGAUGGGUUUUCAUAUUUAAAUAUUUGUAUGCUUCUAUGAAAACAGUUUGAUGUGUCCUAUAUAUAUAUAUCAAACUGACUUACCCACCCACUCUACUCUUCUUUUGUUCCCCUUUCUCUAACUCAAGGGUAAACACCCUGAUACAUCUUCACCACCAUUGUCUUUCUCUUCCAACUGGAGUAUCCAUGUAUAUACCCUACCGCAAGGCAUCUGUUCCCUUCCUCUAUCAUACUUUAACUUCUCUCAUCAUGUCGCAUAAAAUUAUCCCUUUCAAUGCCGUUUCCCCACUUCAGUUGAGUGGGGUUCUUUGAACCCUAAAAUAUAGGGUUGGGAUCAAACAAUUUACUUUCAAAACUGUUAACACUUGCUUCGAUACUGUUGUAACUUCUAUAUUUUCCUGUGAUAAAACUGAUGCUCAUAGUUUUCAGUAUAAUUGCACAAGUAAAGAAACUAUCAUACAGCUACAAUUUCAUAUUAUAAUCUCUAUAAUACAACUUAAUAUAAUACCUAAAUGAGGACGAUUGCUACAAAGAAUAAAAAAUGCAAAUAAUUAUAACAUUUCAAAAAAAGGAAUCGGGGUGAUAAUAGUGAAGUUUUUAUAAGAAUUUAGACAGUCACCUCUGGUUUUUUGUAAAAGUGUAAACUUUAUUUAGCUGUAUUCUGGUUUUGAUGUUUUUGUCUUUUCUUUUUCAACCUAAACUGCUGCAGACCAGCUGUUCAAUAAUAUUAGUUUAAAUUAACAUAAUGCAGUUUAGUUUAGUAUUCAAAAAUGAUAACUUCACAAUAAAAUAACUAAUAAUAUCUGAGAGAUUAUGGAAACAAAUUUGACUACAUUGUAUGAUUUAAAAAUACGGAUAGAUUAAAUUAUGUGCUGAUGAAUGAUUUAAAGAUCAAAUUGUGAAAUUCUUAAAGAAAUGAUGGUAGAGUUUGAAGUUUUAUGUCCAUCAUGCAUUAUCCAAUUUUUAAUUAUCAUAUAAUAAGAUGGCAAGCUGGCAGAAUCGGUAGCACACCAGGCAAAAUGCUUAGUGGCAUUUCGUCCAUCUUCACAUUCUGAAGUUAAAUUCUGCUGAGGAUGGUUUGUCUUUCAUCCUUUUGAGUCCAAUAAAAUAUGUACCAGUAGGAAAAACUGUAUAAAUAAUUAGUAGUGCCUAUUUAGUAAUGCAGGAGCUUUGAACUUUGUAAACUAACCAAUCGUUGAUGUACUAACCAACAACUGCUUCCAGAGUAUCAGUAGUACUAACUAACGCAUGGUUGUAAUGGAAAGUGCAUGGAUCUUAAAAAUUAUGUUUUAAUGAUCAACUUGAAGAAAUGAAUAGCUACUUCCUUUUUUCUUUUCCUUUUUUUUCUUUUUUUGACAUUAAAGUUAGAAAUUAAAAAAAUAAAUCUGAACAUUAAGUAAUCUUAUAUCUGAGGUUUCUUAUGGCUACUAAUUCUUUUACAAAUGCUAAUGACCUCAAGAUUUCUUUUUGUAAUCGUUAACAUAUAAAUAAUAUGAUUAGAGUAUAUUUAUAUUUCGCCUAUCGUUCAGCAACAGUGUUGUUUCUGCUCUCAUAAGACUAAAGUAAGUAUAAUUUAAUUCUUAGUUGAAGGAUAUAAUACAAUGCAGAGUGUGAUAUAUACAUACAUGCAUAUAUGCAUGUGUGUAUGGGUAUAUAUAAUAUUAUGAGAAUAUUUAAAAUAGCAUUUGUGAUUGAGAUGUAUAUUUUAGGGAAUUUAUAAAUAGUAUUUUCAUAAUAUCUCUCAGAUUUUAUUUAGUUUUGUAACAUGGUUGAAUAAUCUGUCAGCGAAACAUUUCUCAGUCAAUACAAAUUUUACAAUAAUAGAUUUGAUCCUACUCCCCCAUCAAUAUAUGUUCUUAAACUUGUUCAUUCUUAAAUUCGUUUUUAAAUAACAACCUCAAUUUAGAAUUUAAACAGUUGUCCUUAAUCUUAAAGAAACUACAAAUAUCUUCUGGUAUACAAGUCAACAUAAUGUUUAGUGUAAACAUUCAAAUGGUGUUCACUAUCUUUCCAAACCCUGCUGCAUUUCCCGUGGAAUUUCUUGGACCCCUGAGGUCAUCUUGGUGUAUAAGUCGACCUACCAUUUUUGACUGCAAAUUUUGGUCACAAAAAAUUUGGUUUGUAUGCUGGAAAAUACAGUGAAAGAAAAUGAGAAGCCAAAUUUUUUUUUUAAAUUUCAAAUUUACAGAUGAGAAAUUUUUUCAUGUAUUAAAGUUAAAACGGUUAUGGAAAAUAAUCAGUGAUAGUAUUGAUCUUUGAAAAAUUUAAAUGAAGAAUAAAUAUAAUUACAGUCGUUUGAAAUAUAGAUUUUUUCUUUAAUGAAGCAACACAAGAAACAUUAAUUUUCAUAAUUAUUUUCCUUUGAAACUAAAUGACACACUUGAUGGAGUUGGCCAUGUGGUAUAUUUAAUGAAGUUGAUAAUUAGAGGAGAAAAUUAAACUUUUUUUUUGUAAUAGGCAAAUUAGAUAGAUAUGAAAGGGUUCAAUUAACCAAAAUUAAGUAAAAAGUGAAAAAAAAUAAUUAAUUCAAAUAAGCAAAAAAAAAAUAAAGAUAAAGCAAAAAUAAAAAUAAAGCAAAAAAGAUUUCAGAAAUAAUGAGAAAAUUUAUUAAGAAAUAAAACUGAAGGUUUAUAUAAUUUAUUGGUGAUAAUGAAAUAUUUUGAAUAAAUAGUUUAGUUGAUGUCCAGGAAGGAAUGCAAAUGGUCUGUAUCAGAUACACAAGCACACACACAUCUAUACACACCACAAUAAUGAUGAUGAUGAUGAUGAAUAAUGGUUUCAGUGAUAAUGAUGUUGAUGAUGACAAUGAUGAUGACGACGAUGAUGACAACAUCAAUGACAGUGAUAGCAAUGAUGACCAUGACAAUGAUGAUAAUGAUGAUGUUGACAAUGAUGAUGAGAAUGAUGAUAAUGAUGAUGAUGAUGAUGAGAUGGAAGAGGAGGGGAGGAGGCUGAUGACAAUAACAACGACAAUGAUGAUGGCAACGAUGAAAAAUAUUAAUUAUUAACCUAGUGGCCCCCUCAUGUUUUGGUGUUAAUGAUUAACAAGAAAAGCUAUUAACCGAUAUCUAAAUGUAAAUAAUGACUUUAACAGCUUUUAAUUGUUUUAAUUGUUGGAAUGUAUUGUUUGUUGAUUGAACUUUCCAGCAGCAGUAGCAACAGCAGCAGCUUCUGGCUGUGUUGUGAUAUAUUGAUCAUGUCUGAUUAAUAUUUCUGCUAACAAACUAACUCAAUCACUACUAACAUUAUUAAUUUUUGUCAUCAUUUUUCCAAUUACUGAUCCUCUGUCGUUUGUUCUGUGCAAUUAGAAUCAGAGAAAAUUUUGCAGUUCUAUAUUUAAGAGAUGAGGAAUUAUUUACAUUAUUUACAUUUGAUGGAUAUUUGUCAUCUUGUUUGUUGUUAACACAACAUUUCAGCUGAUAUACCCUCCAGCCUUCAUCAGGUGUUUUGGGGAAAUUUCGAACCUGGGUUCUCAUUCCUAAGGUAAUUUUCAAUGUUGUUAUUAUUAUUAUUAUUAUUAUCAUUAUUAUUAUUAUUCAGGUCACUACCUAGAAUCGAACUCAGAAUCUUGGGGUUAGUAGCCCGCAUUCUUAACCACUAUGCCAUAUGCCCAUGACCUGA